AUGAGCGGAACCGAGGCCGCCAACGCUACUGGCGUCAUUGCCAGCAGCGCCGAUCGCAUGGUUGGCGCCGAGCACGCUGAGGUGCGCUACUUCACCAGCUAUGAUCACCAUGGCAUUCAUGAGGAGAUGCUGAAAGAUGAUGUCCGUACACGAUCCUACCGCGAUUCCAUCUACCAGAACCGCCACAUCUUCAAGGACAAGGUCGUCCUUGAUGUUGGCUGCGGUACCGGUAUUCUUAGCAUGUUCGCUGCCCGUGCCGGUGCCAAGCAUGUGAUCGGUGUCGACAUGUCCUCGAUCAUUGAGAAGGCCAAGGAGAUUGUUGCUGUCAAUGGCCUCAGCGACAAGGUUACUCUUCUCCAGGGCAAGAUGGAGGAGGUCAAGCUCCCCUUCCCCAAGGUUGACAUCAUCAUCUCCGAGUGGAUGGGUUACUUCCUUCUCUACGAGUCCAUGCUGGACACCGUUCUGUACGCGCGUGACACCUACCUCGCUGAGGAUGGCAAGAUCUUCCCCGACAAGGCCACCAUGUACGUGGCUGCCAUUGAGGAUGGCGAGUACAAGGAUGACAAGAUUGGAUUCUGGGACAACGUCUACGGCUUCAACUACAGCCCCAUGAAGGAGAUUGCCCUCACCGAGCCCCUAGUUGACACCGUCGAGAUGAAGGCUCUGGUUACCGAGCCCUGCGAGAUCAUCACUUUCGACCUCAACACCGUCACUACCGCCGACCUUGCCUUCAAGGUGCCUUACAAGCUUACCGCUCACCGUCCCGACUUCAUUCACGCUCUCAUCUCGUGGUUCGACAUCGAGUUCAGCGCUUGCCACAAGCCUAUUCGCUUCUCCACCGGCCCUCACGCCAAGUACACACACUGGAAGCAGACCGUCUUCUACCUGCGCGAUGUUCUCACCGUCGAGGAGGGUGAGACCGUCUCCGGUGUUUUGGAGAACCGCCCCAACGACAAGAACAAGCGUGAUUUGGACAUCAACCUCUCCUACAAGUUCGAGGUCGAGGACCCUACUCGCUCUGCCGAGGGCAGCUGCUUCUACCGCAUGUGCUAA